CGGUUUUUUUCACAUUUAUUAAUUUUUAUAUUCAAAAUAAUAUUCACUUUGAGAUAUUUUGGAACAAAAAAUCCCUAAAAUAAUAUUGGAACAAAAAAAAAUUGAGACAUUUAUUACCAGUCUAUACUCUAUUCCAUUGUGGUAAUGCUUACAUAAGUUCAUACCACGUGGUAUAAAAGUGUAUCAUGAUGGUAAGAACAUAUCGGAUUGUAGAAUAGUUUAAUACAUGAUAGUAGGAAUAUUCGAACCGUUAUUUACCACAUUGAUCAUUGUUUACCACCAGUUACCAUCCAUGUACCGAGGUGGUAUUGAAUGGUAUAUUAUGGUCCUAUUAUUUUUUAUCAUAAAAAUUUGUAAAUCCAAUAGAUCAUGAUGAACUCGUUUCUUCUGUGAAAUUUUUUCAAAAUUCGAGUAAACAACAAAGGUGGUAUGAAAUUUUUUAUCAAAAUAUAUUGAAAAUAGAUAUCAUUUUGUAGAUCACAACGAACUCAUUCCAUCUGUGAAAUUUUUUUUUUAAUUCAAGUUAAAACAAACACUACAACAAAACCUGGCUUCAGAGACAAAUAAGUUUAAAACAAUUAUUGUAUCAUUCUCUAUAUCUAAUUUAUUGCCGCAAAUAUAUCAUUUGCUUCAAUGUGUCAUAUUAUUUGUCUCUAUAGUUUAAUAUUCUCAUAAAAUAUAUAUAAGAUAAAUUAUAUUAAUAGAUUUGGAGACGAUUAUCCUAUUUGCUUCCUAUAAUAUAUUACUUGCAAAAUAGUGCGCUUGCGGAAAGAAAGAACAUGAGCAAUUUACGUGAUUUCCCCGUUCGUAAGAACGAGACUAUUCCACGGAGAACGUGAGUUCUCGGUUUUCUCUUAUUAGAUUUUGCAGAAUAGAAAGGUGCAACUUACAUAAGCCAAGUGGCUACAACUCCUACCUAUAUACCCUUUGCUAAUCAAAGUGGAUAUUAGGUUAAACAACCAAAAUACAAUUUAGUACUCCAAUAAUGUGGGACUAACCAAAACAUCUCAACAUUACUCAUUAGAACAAAGCAUAUAUGAAGCCAUAUUUAAUUGUCUCCAAACAUUUUUUGUGGUAUAAAAAAAUGUAUCAAGUAAACGAAUAUAAUUAAGAAAAUUGAAAGCGUAAAAAGGAAGAGAGCUUUUCCCUCUCAUAUUUUGGCGGGUGAGACUUAAAGUUUUAUUUGGUUCCAAAUUCUAAAACAUGAAAGGGGCAUGUAAAGACGAUGUACGUCCUUUGGCCCCAAUUAUAAAUUUCAGUAUCUGGUGCCGGCAAUUUUUGCUAGAUCAGCAUUCCCAAACCCAUAUUCUCCAGGUAGUAUGCCUCUUAUGGGAAAUAUGGAAAUCUAGAAAUUUAGUGGUAUUUGAAAAUACCCAACCUCAUGUCUGUUCGCUUGCCUGCCAAUACUCUUUUCAGUUCCGUGAAGUGUUCUCAUCCUCGUCUCCUGCCCCGUCUCCCCCUCCCUGUGCGCCUGCGACUGUUUCCCUUUGUUGGCUACCCCCGCAACUAGACAAUUUGAAGAUCAACUUUGAUGCGGCCGUUCAAGACUCUGGUUGCUCGUCUGGCCUUGUGGUUCGUGGCUCGGACGGGCAUGUGCUACUCGCCGUCGGUGUUCAGCAUCAGGGUAUUUCUGACCCGUACAUUGCAGAGCUCCUUGCAACUAGGGAGGCAAUCUCGCUUGCAACUUCUAGAAGUUUGGCUCGUGUCAUCUUUGAAGGAGAUGCAUAAGUGGUCAUCCGUUAGCUCAAACUCGGAGUGGUGGAGGAUUCGUCUGGUGGUCCGCUGCUUAGAGAUUGUCGUUUUCUUCUUCAAUCAUUUCCUCAUUGUAUAGACUGUAGAGCUGUUCCGCGGACAGCCAAUUGGGCUGCUCAUAGAGUGGCACGCAAAGUCUUGUUGUUGUCCCGGUUAGAAUUAACUUCUUUUGAUUUUGUUGGGUGACUAGCUAGUGGGGAUAGGAAGGGAUUGUAAGUAGUGUUAUUUCUAAAACAUGAAGGAGCGCGAUGUGGAAAGUUGUGAAGGUUAAAUUAAUUAAAAACCCCUAAUUACAAAGUCCCCAACUUGUCUGACUGUUUGCCUUCCCUGUGUGACCUUAACCCUCCUUCAAAUUCGAAACUCCAGCCUCUCGCCCAUAUCCCUCAUUCUUCAUUACAUCGGGACUUAUACAACAGGAAGUACGACUCCAUCUUUCCUUGUCAUAAACCUUCUACCCCUCAGCUGAUCAACCUGGUAAUUCUAUAUGCUCUCGUAUCCUUCUUAUUUAACAUUUCGUGAGUGAUUUUGAUUUCUUGUUUCAGGGGCUGCUUCUGCGGCAGCUUGCGUUACUUGUCUUCCUUCCUUUAAUUUUUGGCUACAUGUCUUAUGAAUGGAUUUCUUGUGUGUUCCUCUGCGGUUUUGAAAAAACUUCUAUUUUGGGUACAUGUCUUUUGUUACAGGGAAUGUCAUGUGUUAUUUUCCACACUUUAUAUGAUCCUGAUGUUCAUGUAGUAUUGUGAGCAUAAAUCCACAUUGUUGUGUAGGGGUUCAAUAAUUGGGAAAAUGUUUCUAUGAAAUAUUUGUUGAAUUUGCAAUCAAGCCCAAUGAGCCCUUAGUGCGACCAUAUGCAAGCUUUCGAACCAUUGGAGAUGCGGUAGCAGAGUCGAUCGCUUGGCCGUCACGCUUUAUAAGUUAAUUGAAGAAAGCUUUUGUGAAUUUCAUUUACUUCUAUGGUACGUAGCUCAUUUGGGCUAUAUACAUGUUGUUCAUGUGCAAUAGGUGAAGAAGACAUGCAUUGUUAAACCUUUAUGGUGAAUAUUAUCUUAGUUUAAUGUGCCAAUGCAGAGGAGGAAUCGUCAUUUAACUGCCUUUUCCUUUGUCCUCGUGCAACUGAAACGUGGGUAAAGGUUGCUCCUUCUUGCUCGCCUCAUCUUAACCUCACCCAAUGGAUCUUCGCCAUGAGACAGCAGAAUUCAUAGAAGGUCGGGCAAAACAUUUCUGUAUCUGGAAUAUUUGGAAGGCGCGUAAUGAUCAUAUCUUUCGUUGAGUCAUGUCCCAGACGAAGACUUCGAUUUACGCCUUUCGUGAUGCGGCAGAACCUUAUUACCCGCCGUCAUCUUCUUCUCCCCCUUCACAACCUCGGGUUCUUCCACCACAACCGUGCCAACCGCCUAGCAUUCUUCGCAAGAUUCACUGUGACGGAUCGUUCGAUACUGACCCACAGACAACGACUUUUGGAGUGGUUAUUAGAGACUCCAACGAGCAAAUUUGUGGUGGGAAGGCUGGAAGUUUUAUUUGUUCCUCUCCUAUCGAGGCUGAAGCUAGAGUUAUUGUGGAAGCCUGUCAAGUGGCAUCAUUUGACCAUGUCCCUUCAAUGAUACAUUCUGAUUACAAGGUGUUGGUGGAAGCAAUCCAUAAUGAUCAUGCGGGCUGCCCUUGGUGCUGCUACGCUUACAUCGCAUCAUUUUCAAAGAUUCUAAAGGAGUUGGAUUGGAUUAAGGUUUCUUUCAUUGGUCGCCAAAAAAUAAGGAAGCUGAUUGGGUAGCUCGUAAUUGUAGAUCAAACUCUCUCCACCUAGAUUGGUUGUCUGUUCUAGUGGUUAUUGCAGAUUUGUUGUAACUGUGGUUUUGUUGUAGCUUCGCUCGAUUUGAUUGGAAUGAAUGAAUGACUGAUUU